AUGGGUAAAACAUAUUUCAUUACAGGUGUUAAUCGUGGUAUUGGUUUCGAAAUCGUCAAGAAGUACCUUGAAGCUGAUUCAUCAAAUAUUGUUAUUGGUACAGCUCGUAAUCCAUCAAAAGCCACAGAAUUACUUGAAUUGGAAUCAAAAUAUAAAGGUCAAUUACACAUUAUUCAAUUAGAUGUUUCUGACUUAAAAUCAAUUGAUUCUAUUGAUUCUCAAAUCAAGGAAGUUGCUAAAGAUGGUAUUGAUGUUUAUAUCUCAAAUGCUGCUUAUUCUGCACCAGGUGCCGCUAAAAAGGUUUUAGAGUUAGAAAGACAAAUUUGGAUUGAUCAUUAUAUUGUUAAUGUUUUGGGUCCUUUUGAAGUUUUGAGAGUUAUUAAACCAUAUUUGUUGAAAAAAGAGACUAAACAUGUCGUUAUCAUCUCAAGUCUUGCUGGGUCAUUAAGCCAAAAUUUCCCUAUUUCAACAGGUCCUUAUGGUCAAAACAAAGCUGCUUUAAAUCAUGUUGCCAUCACUUUAUCACAUGAGUUAUCUCCUGAAGGUAUUACUGUUGUUGCUGCUCAUCCAGGUCUUGUUGACACUGAAAGUGGAAGAGAAGUUUUAAAGGAAUAUGUUGAAUAUAAACCUGAACUUUCUGCUCUAUUGAACAAUUUACCAUUUGAUAAAAUUACCCAAGAAGAAAGUGCAAAAGGGUUGAUUGAUACUGUCAUUGAUCCAUUAACUAAAGAACAAAACGGUAAGUUUUUGAACUAUGAUGGUGCUGAAUUACAAUGGUAA